ACAUCGAACCUUCUCACAACUACAUCUCUUCCUCUCACUAUAACAUCUGCCCCCUUAACUAUCACAUCUCUUCCUGUUACUGCAACAUCUGGCUCAACAUCUAGCACGCCUGACGCCUUCACUACCACAUCGGAGACUGUCACAACUAGAUCUCUUCCUCUCACAACAACAUCUGGCCCCUUCACUACCACAUCAGACCAAGUAACUACAUCGCUUCCUCCUACUACAACAUCUGGCCCCUUCACUACCACAUCUCUUCCUCUCACUACAACAUCUGGCCCAACUUCAACCACAUCUGGCCCCUUCACUACCACAUCGAACCCUGUGACAUCUACAUUGCUUCCUCCUUCUACAACAACUGGCCAUUUCACUGCCACAUCGGACCCUGUCACUACCAAAUCUGGAACAACUUCUACCACAUAUGGCCCCUCCACUACCACAUUGAACCUUGUCACAACUACAUCUCUUCCUCUCACUACAACAUCUGCCCCCUUAACUAACACAUCUCUUCCUCUCACUACAACAUCUGGACCAACUUCUACCAAAUCUGGCCCCUUCACUACCACAUCGAACCCGGUCACAACUACAACGCUUCCUCUUACUACAACAUCCGGCCCCUUCACUACCACCUCUCUUCCUCUCACUACAACAUCUGGACCAACUUCUACCACAUCUGGCCGCGUCACUACCACAUCGGCCCCUGUCACAACUACAUCUCUUCCUCUCACUACAACAUCUGCCCCCUUAACUAACACAUCUCUUCCUGUUACUGCGACAUCCGGCUCAACAUCUAGCACACCUGACGCCUUCACUACCACAUCGGACACGGACACAACUACAUCUCUUCCUCUCACAACAACAUCUCGCCCCUUAACUACCACAUCAGAUCAAGUAACUACAUCGCUUCCGCUCACUACAACAUCUGGCCCAACUUCUACCACAUCUGUCCCCUUCACUACCACAUCAAACCCUGUCACAACUACAUCGCGUAAUAUUUCUACAACAACUGGCCUCUUCACUACCACACCAGACCCUGUCACUACCACAUCUGGAACUACUUCUACCACAUCCGGCCCCUUCACUACCACAUCGAACCCUGUCAGAACUACAUCUCUUCCUCUCACUACAACAUCUGCCCCCUUAACUAUCACAUCUCUUCCUGUUACUGCAACAUCUGGCUCAACAUCUAGCACAUCCGACGCCUUCACUACAACAUCGGAGACUGUCACAAUUACAUCUCUUCCUGUCACAAAAACAUCUGACCCCUUCACUACCACAUCAGACCCGGUCACAACUACAUCGCUUCCUCUUACUACAACAUCUGGUCUCUUCACUACCACAUCUCUUACUCUCACUACAACAUCUGGACCAACUUCUACCAAAUCUGGCCCCUUCACUACCACAUCAGACCCGGUCACAACAACAUCUCUUCCUCUCGCUACAACAUCUGCCCCCUUAACUAACACGUCUCUUUCUGUUACUACAACAUCUGGCUCAACAUCUAGCAUAUCUGAAACCUUCACUACCACAUCGAACCCGGUCAAAAGUAAAACACUUCCUCCUACUACAACAUCUGGCCCCUUCACUACCACAUCUCUUCCUCUCACUACAACAUCUGGACCAACUUCUACCAAAUCUGGCCGCUUCACUACCACAUCGGACCCUGUCACAACUACAUCUCUUCCUCCUACUACAACAUCUGGACCAACUUCAACCACAUCUGGCCUCUUCACUACCACAUCGAACCCUGAUACAACUACAUUGCUACCUAUUUCUACAACAACUGGCCACUUCACUACCACAUCAGACCCUAUAUCUAACAAAUCUGGAACAACUUCUACCAAAUCUGCCCCCUUAACUAACACAUCUCUUCCUGUUACUGCGACAUCCGGCUCAACAUCUAGCACAUCUGACUCCUUCACUACCACAUCGGACACUGACACAACUACAUCUCUUCCUCUCACAAAAACAUCUGGCCACUUCACUACCACAUCAGACCAAGUAACUACAUCGCUUCCUCUUACUACAACAUCCGGCCCUUUCACUACCACAUCUCUUCCUCUCACUACAACAUCUGGACCAACUUCUACCAAAUCUGGCCGCUUCACUACCACAUCGGCCCCUGUCAAGACUACAUCUCUUCCUCUCACUACAACAUCUGCCCCCUUAACUGACACAUCUCUUCCUGUUACUGCGUCAUCUGAUUCAACAUCUAGCACACCUGACGCCUUCACUACCACAUUGGACACGGACACAACUACAUCUCUUCCUCUCACAAAAACAUCUGGCCACUUCACUACCACAUCAGACCAAGUAACUACAUCGCUUCCUCUUACUACAACAUCCGGCCCUUUCACUACCACAUCUAUUCCUCUCACUACAACAUCUGGACCAACUUCUACCAAAUCUGGCCACUUCACUACCACAUUGGACCCUGUCAAAACUACAUCUCUUCCUCUUACUACCACAUCUGUCCCCUUCACUACCACAUCAAACCCUGUCACAACUACAUUGCUUCCUAUUUCUACAAUAACUGGCCACUUCACUACCACACCAGACCCUGUCACUACCACAUCUGGAACUACUUCUACCACAUCCGGCCCCUUCACUACCACAUCAAAACUUGUCACAACUACAUCUCUUCCUCUCACAACAACAUCUCGCCCCUUAACUACCACAUCAGACCAAGUAACUACAUCGCUUCCUUUUACUACAACAUCUGGCCCCUUCACUACCACAUCUCUUCCGCUCACUACAACAUCUGGCCCACCUUCUACCAAAUCUGGCCCCUUCACUACCACAUUGGACCCUGUCAAAACUACAUCUCUUCCUCUUACUACCACAUCUGGCCCCUUCACUACCACAUCAAACACUGUCACAACUACAUCGCGUAAUAUUUCUACAACAACUGGCCUCUUCACUACCACACCAGACCCUGUCACUACCACAUCUGGAACUACUUCUACCACAUCCGGCCCCUUCACUACCACAUCGAACCCUGUCAUAACUACAUUGCUUCCUAUUUCUACAACAACUGGCCACUUCACUACCACAUCAGACCCGGUCACUAACAAAUCUGGAACAACUUCUACCAAAUCUGCCCCCUUAACUAACACAUCUCUUCCUGUUACUGCGACAUCUGGCUCAACAUCUAGCACAUCUGACGCCUUCACUACAACAUCGGAGACUGUCACAACUACAUCUCUUCCUUUCACAACAACAUCUGGCCCCUUCACUACCACAUCAGACCCGGUCACAACUACAUCGCUUCCUCUUACUACAACAUCUGGUCUCUUCACUACCACAUCUCUUACUCUCACUACAACAUCUGGACCAACUUCUACCAAAUCUGGCCCCUUCACUACCACAUCAGACCCGGUCACAACCACAUCUCUUCCUCUCGCUACAACAUCUGCCCCCUUAACUAACACAUCUCUUUCUGUUACUGCGACAUCUGGCUCAACAUCUAGCAUAUCUGACACCUUCACUACCACAUCGAACCCGGUCACAAGUAAAACACUUCCUCCUACUACAACAUCUGGCCCCUUCACUACCACAUCUCUUCCUCUCACUACAACAUCUGGACCAACUUCUACAAAAUCUGGCCCCUUCACUACCACAUCGGCUCCUGUCAAGACUACAUCUCUUCCUCUCACUACAACAUCUGCCCCCUUAACUAACACAUCUCUUCCUGUUACUGCGACAUCUGGUUCAACAUCUAGCACACCUGACGCCUUCACUACCACAUCGGACACGGACACAACUACAUCUCUUCCUCUCACAAAAACAUCUGGCCACUUCACUACCACAUCAGACCAAGUAACUACAUCGCUUCCUCUUACUACAACAUCCGGCCCUUUCACUACCACAUCUCUUCCUCUCACUACAACAUCUGGACCAACUUCUACCAAAUCUGGCCGCUUCACUACCACAUUGGACCCUGUCAAAACUACAUCUCUUCCUCUUACUACCACAUCUGGUCCAACUUCAACCACAUCUGGCCCCUUCACUACCACAUCAAACCCUGUCACAACUACAUCGCUUAAUAUUUCUACAACAACUGGCCUCUUCACUACCACACCAGACCCUGUCACUACCACAUCUGGAACUACUUCUACCACAUCCGGCCCUUUCACUACCACAUCUCUUCCGCUCACUACAACAUCUGGCCCAACUUCUACCAAAUCUGGCCCCUUCACUACCACAUCAAACCCUGUCACAACUACAUCGCUUAAUAUUUCUACAACAACUGGCCUCUUCACUACCACACCAGACCCUGUCACUACCACAUCUGGAACUACUUCUACCACAUCCGGCCCCUUCACUACCACAUCAAACCUUGUCACAACUACAUCUCUUCCUCUCACUAUAACAUCUGCCCCCUUAACUAUCACAUCUCUUCCUGUUACUGCAACAUCUGGCUCAACAUCUACCACAUCUGACGCCUUCACUACAACAUCGGAGACUGUCACAACUACAUCUCUUCCUCUCACAACAACAUCUGGCCCCUUCACUACCACAUCAGACCCGGUCACAACUACAUCGCUUCCUCUCACUACAACAUCAGACCCCUUAACUAACACAUCUCUUUCUGUUACUGCAACAUCUGGCUCAACAUCUAGCAUAUCUGACACCUUCACUACCACAUCGAACCCGAUCACAACUACAACACUUCCUCUUACUACAACAUCUGGCCCCUUCACUACCACACAUCUUCCUCUCACUACAACAUCUGGACCAACUUCUACCAAAUCUGGCCCCUUCACUACCACAUCGGACCCUGUCAGAACUUCAUCUCUUCCUCCUACUACAACAUCUGGACCAACUUCAACCACAUCUGGCCCCUUCACUACCACAUCGGACCCUGUCAGAACUUCAUCUCUUCCUCCUACUACAACAUCUGGCCCAACUUCUACCACAUCUGGCCCCUUCACUACCACAUCGGACCUUGUCAGAACUUCAUCUCUUCCUCUCACUACAACAUCUGCCCCCUUAACUAACACAUCACUUCCUGUUACUGCGACAUCUGUCUCAACAUCUAGCACAUCUGACGCCUUCACUACCAUAUCGGAGACUGUCACAACUACAUCUCUUCCUCUCACAACAACAUCUGGCCCCUUCACUACCACAUCAGACAAACACAUCCGAUGCCUUCACUACCACAUCAGACCCGGUCACAACUACAUCGCUUCCUCUUACUACAACAUCUGGCCCAACUUCAACCACAUCUGGCCCCUUCACUACCACAUCGGACCCUGUCAGAACUUCAUCUCUUCCUCCUACUACCACAUCUGGCCCCUUCACUACCACAUCGAACCCUGUCAGAACUUCAUCUCUUCCUCCUACUACAACAUCUGGUCCAACUUCAACCACAUCUGGCCCCUUCACUACCACAUCGAACCCUGUCACAACUACAUUGCUUCCUAUUUCUACAACAUCUGGCCAUUUCAGUACCACAUCGGACCCUGUCAGAACUUCAUCGCUUCAUCUUACUACAACAUCUGCCCAGACUUCAAGAGUUUCAACAACACACCCUAUUACUGCUACAACAACAACUUCCACUACAACCACGGCUACCACAACAAAAAAGAACUAUCUGUAUUUCUUAAUUGCAAAUGGCACCAAAUUGUAUUCAAAAUU